AAAUUUAUUAUUUAAUUAGUGAGUUUUUGAAGGUGACUUUUGGUUACAAUCACCAACGACGAAGAUGUAACGAGAUGAACAUCAAACCCGAUUGUGUAAGACACGCAUGGCUUUGGUGACAACAAAAUGACAGUACGAGAUCGGCUGAGUGACAUACACUGAUGCAGUUUUACACCAUGAUGGCGAGCUGGCUAGGGGUGACGGUACUACUGCUGUUGUGUUUUCUGCCAGGGAGGGGCACUUACAGCUCAGAACACCAGUGGGAUGACAGGGGGUACCUCAUCUUCUGUCUGUGUAUGGGUCGGUUUGGAAACCAGGCAGAACAUUUCCUUGGAGGCCUAGCAUUUGCCAAAAAGAUUGACAGAACUCUCAUUGUUCCUCCAUUUAGAACUUAUAAAAACAUAGAGUUUGAUGAAUGGUUUAAGCUGGAGCCACUGAAGGAGUACCAUAGAGUGAUUCUAGCCAGGGAUUUCAUGAAGGACCUUGCCCCCAACCACUGGCCCCCGGGGAACCGCACGGGGGUCUGCUAUGGCAAGCCUGGGAGGGAGUGUCAGAUGAAGGAGGGGAACCCCUUUGGGCCGUUCUGGGAUGGGCUGGGGGUGGACUUUGAUAAGACGAUAUCUGUGGAGGCUUACUAUGGGAAUCCACAGGGAUGGAUGGAGGCACUUCCAGUGGAUAAAUACCCAGUAGUUGCCCUUCGUGGGGCCCCUGCCCCUUUUCCAAUGGCUGAAGAAAACAUCCCACUAGCCAAAUACCUUCAGUGGUCGGACAACAUUGAGGAGGAAGCUGGCAGUCACAUACAGAAACUGAUGGGGAAUGAAAAAUUCAUAGGAAUCCAUCUCAGAAAUGGAGUAGACUGGAAAAAUGCCUGUGAACAUGUAGAAGGGAAUGAAAAUUAUAUGGCCUCCCCACAAUGUCUUGGUUAUGGAAGAGGCACAAAAGUUACUCACAAGAUGUGCUUUCCUCCAAAGGAGGAAAUCCUAAGAUUAGUUAAAAAUGCAGUUUUAAAAACAAAAGCUAAACACAUAUAUGUAGCUACAGACAAGAAUCCAAUGAAGGAAGAUUUAGAAAACCAUUUAAAAUCCCUGAAGGUCAAAGUUCAUCACCUUGACCCUUGGUUGCCACAGAUUGACCUUGCCAUUUUAGGGAAAUCAGAGCUGUUCAUUGGCAACUGCAUUUCAUCGUUUACAUCUUUUGUAUCCAGACAGAGACUUGUACAACAUAAACCCACCCAGUUCUGGGGGUACAGCUAGUGUCGGAACAAACACCAAAUGCUUGUCAUAUACUAGACUUUUUCUUAUGCAUGUACAUUGCCCGAUACUUUUUUGUUCAAAACCUCUGCCAUCUUGAUUUUUAAUACAAUUAUGCAAAAAGUGAGUAAUUUACAUUUACAAAAGACAAGAUAUAUAUAUCUUUAUCUAUAUAUCUAUAUCUAUAUAUAUUCAUUAGCUUUGGAAAACUUUUAAAAUGGUGUUUACUAUGAAUUAAUGUUUCAUAAAUCUAUGCAAUAUUUGAUACAUUAUAUACAUGGCCAUAUAUUUUGUUAUAUUUUCAGAUUUUAUUUUUGAAAUUUAUUGCUCAGGUUGUGCACACAAAGGAAUGUUCACAUAUUUUAGGCUCAUUUUUGUGUACACAUAGAUUUUAAGUAAUAUAUGUUUAAACUCAAUAGAAAAUGUCCCAAUUGAUUUCGAACAUUUCAUUUGAUUUUUUCAUAUGUUGUACAGGUCAUUUCAUUAAUAUAUCACAAAAUGAUGUUAUAUGAUGAAAAAUAAAAAAAAUAUGUACAGAACAUAUUGAAUUACGGUA